CGUCUUGCCCCUGCCCGCCCUGUGUCCGCGCCGCGUCGCUCUCCGGGUAUUUGAAUCGCGCUUCCGCCAUCUUCUUCCCUGCGCCCAGUCACGGAGCCCAGCGCCGCGGAGAGACGCCUCAGCAAGACCCAGCAUGGCUGCCCAGGGAGAGCCCCAAGUGCAGUUUAAGCUUGUCUUAGUUGGUGAUGGUGGUACCGGCAAAACAACAUUUGUAAAACGUCAUUUGACUGGUGAAUUUGAAAAGAAGUAUGUAGCAACACUGGGUGUUGAAGUCCAUCCUCUGGUGUUCCACACUAACAGAGGGCCUAUUAAAUUUAAUGUAUGGGACACGGCUGGCCAGGAGAAGUUUGGUGGCCUGCGAGAUGGCUACUAUAUCCAGGCUCAGUGUGCCAUCAUAAUGUUUGAUGUAACAUCAAGAGUUACCUACAAGAAUGUACCCAAUUGGCAUAGAGAUCUGGUACGAGUAUGCGAAAACAUACCUAUAGUGUUGUGUGGCAACAAAGUGGAUAUUAAAGACAGGAAAGUCAAGGCAAAAUCCAUCGUCUUCCAUAGGAAGAAGAACCUCCAGUACUAUGACAUUUCAGCUAAGAGCAACUACAACUUUGAGAAGCCUUUCCUCUGGCUUGCCAGAAAGUUAAUUGGAGAUCCUAACUUGGAGUUUGUUGCCAUGCCUGCUCUUGCACCUCCAGAGGUUGUUAUGGACCCAGCAUUGGCAGCACAGUAUGAGCAAGACCUACAGAUUGCUCAAACUACUGCACUGCCAGAUGAAGAUGAUGACCUGUGAGGGAUGAAGCUGGAGCCCAGCGUCAGAAGUCUAGUUUUAUAGGCAACUGUCCUGUGAUGUCUGGUGCAGCGUGUUUGCCACUUUAUUAUCUAGCUGAGCAGAACAUGUGCUUAAUCUUUGGGAUGCUGAAAGAGAUGAAUGGGCUUCGGAGUGAAUGUGGCAGUUUAAAAAAAAAAAAAUUCCUUCAUAUUUUGGACCUGCAUAUUUAGCUGUUUUUGGACUGCAAUUACUUUCCCCCUUGAGUUUCAAAUCUAAGACUGCUGCAGUCACAUCACAGUAUUCAGUGGUAAAUCUUGUUUGUUACUGUCAUUCCCAUUCCUCUUUUGUUUAGAUCAUAAUAAAGUUGUAUUUCGAAUAUCUAAGCAAGUGAACUUUCAUGCAUUGUUAGGAGUAAUUCUUCAAGCAAUGUCUUCCAUUCUUAAAUAGGUGGUAACAGCAUUCAGUUUUAAUAUAUAUAUUUUUUUUCUUUUCAAAUGUGUUUACUUGACUUGCUCCAAGUAAAUUUUAUAGGUAACAGUUACCCUUUUCAAGGCUUCUUGAGGCCUAUUCAUUUAAGUACUCCCUUUUUUUAAGAAUGCUGAAAUGUAACUGCUAGGGAAGGCAAAAGCAGUAGACACUUGAAAUGGUAAGUGUAAAAUGGAU